AUGAAUGAGAACUCUCCAUCCCUCCCAGUCGGACUAACCACGGACGAGGGGUCACCGUAUUGGCUAAACAAAGGAGAUAACGCAUGGCAACUAACGGCAGCGACCAUGGUGGGACUACAAAGUGUUCCAGGACUCGUGAUAUUAUACGGCAGCAUGGUUAAGAAAAAAUGGGCAGUGAAUUCUGCUUUCAUGGCCCUUUAUGCCUUUGCUGCAGUUUUGAUUUGUUGGAUCCUGUGGGGCUACCGUAUGUCUUUUGGAACUCCUAUGAUUCCUAUAUUGGGCAAGCCUGAUCAAGCCAUGACUGAAAAGUUUCUGCUUAGCAAAUAUCAAAUUUACUAUCUUCCCACGGCUGAUUAUGUUUUCUACCAAUUUGCUUUUGCUGCCAUCACUGUUAUACUUUUGGCUGGUUCAUUGCUGGGAAGAAUGAAUUUUUAUGCUUGGAUGUUGUUUGUUCCACUCUGGCUCACUUUCUCCUACACAGUUGGUGCAUAUACUAUUUGGGGCUCUGGUUUUCUCAAAGACUUGGUAAUUGAGAUCUGCCAUUUAAUUGCAUUAAUUAUAUAUAAAAGUAUUUAUGUGGGACCGAGGCAUUCGCACGAUAGACAACAUUUUCCACCAAACAACAUAAUACACAUGCUGGGAGGUGCAGGGUUUCUUUGGAUGGGGUGGAGUGGUUUCAAUGGGGGAUCACCACUAGCAGCAAGCCAAAUUACAUCACUUGCUAUACUAAACACCCAUAUUUGCACUGCUAUGAGCCUUUUGGUAUGGCUUUCCCUUGACAUCAUUUUCUACUUUAAAAGCUCUGUCAUUGGUGCUGUUCAGGGAAUGAUCACUGGCCUCGUUUGCAUUACACCUGCGGCAGGAAUUGUGGGUACGUGGGCGGCGAUAAUGAUGGGAGCGUUGUCUGGUUCGAUACCAUGGUACACCAUGAUGGUUUUGCACAAGAAAUCGGCAUUCUUCCAACAGGUUGAUGAUACAUUGGGAGUUUUUCACACACACGCAGUAGCUGGUUUAUUAGGAGGGAUUCUCUCUGGCCUCUUUGCCAAGCCUGACCUUCUUGAUAUGUUCUAUAAACCAAAAAAACCCGGUCCAGGCUUUGUGUAUGGAAUAGUUGACGGUGGAGAAAAGUUCCAGCGUGGAUUACGCCAAUUGGGUUACCAGCUCUUAGGAGCACUUUUCAUAACAGCUUGGAACGUGGUGGUGACGAGCUUAAUAUGCAUUUUGAUAAGCCGUAUAACUAAGCUGAGAAUGGAUGAAGAUGAUCUUGAGAUAGGGGACGAUGCAGCACACGGGGAAGAAGCCUAUGCUCUGUGGGGAGACGGGGAAAGGGAUCCGCCACCUCUUAGGUUUCGUAUGACCCCAAAAGUCCCUUCCUUCUGUAGACGCCACGGAAUGAAUCCUGAGAUGUCAACUGAACAGGCUGAUAAUCGGCAGGAGUGCUGA